AUGUUAAAGGGUAUUUCCAGUGGAUUUCCCAUGGUCGAAACUGAAAUCCGGCAGGAUGGCGACCAAUGGGAAGUCUCCACCAUUCCACGGCCCUUGGAUGCAGCCCCAGAGCCAAAGAAAGGCGCAAAGGCACCUAAAGGUGGACCGGAUCCCUCGGCCAUGCAAGUUUCGGCUGUAGCAUCAGCAGAAGAUCACGUGUAUUAUGUCUACUGCUGUCAGAAGCCGUCUCUCCCAGACCCUGUGGAGGGUGUGGAGGGUGAGGCCGGUUCCGCUGAGGGCUCGGGGUCGGCAGCUGGCUCAGCGACUGGGGAAGAGGCACCGGCCGAAUGA